UGCUUCCUCCAGUCCCUCAGUUAGGUUCAGACAGUGAAGGUGGGAGGUUGUGUGUGCUCUCUUUAACCACUCGUAACGUGAAGGACCUUAAAUUGUCUUUCUGAACCCAAAUAGAGGCGGAAUUCGAGUAUUUUUACCCCGCCCUCCAUUCUACCAGGUGAUGUAGAAUGGGUAACUUGUUGAGGCUGCUCGCAAGGGACGACGCGGGGAACAGCUGUUGCUCUCACCAGAAGUACGAUGUUUUCCUUGACUUUGAGAACGCAGAGCCGAGUGCACAAGAGCGCCAUCUGUACGAGGAUGUGGCGGCGGUGCUCCGGGGCUCACACGCAGUCAUCAGUGACCUGCAGCAGUACAAGGGCGCCGCCAAGGAGAUCAGGGAGGCUAUCAGUGACCCAGCCGAUGACUGCCAAAGAAAGGCGUGGGAGAUUGUUACCCCUCUGGUGCAGAAGCUCAAGCAGUUUUAUCUCUUCUCCAACGAUAUCGAGAUGAUCGUGCCGAGAAUUCUGGCAGAGCUGUGUGGGCCGGAGAUGACACCGACAGCACACUUGGAGAACCAGCAGGCACUUGUGAAGCAGUUCGCUGAGAUACUCGAGUUCACCCUCAAAUUUGAUGAGCUGAAGAUGACCACCCCAGCCAUCCAGAACGACUUCAGUUACUACCGACGGAUCAUCAUGCGCACCAGGAUAGAGCAGAACGGCAGCAGUGGCACGGUGGCUAACAACGGGAUGGAGGAGACUCUCUGCAUCGACCACCAGCUGGGCAACAAGAUGAGUCUGUUCUAUGCCAACUCCACCCCAAUGCUCAAGAUUCUUAGUGAAGCCACCUCGAAAUUUGUCACAGAGCAUAAGGAGAUUCCCCUGGCCAACACUACAGAGACUCUUAGUACCAUGGCCAGAGUGUGCCAGAGGAUGCUAGAGAAUCCGGAGUUGAUAGCACGGUUUCGUCGGGAGGAGACGCAUCUCUUCAUCCUGCGUGUGAUGGUGGCCCUCAUCAUUCUCUACGAUCACGUCCACCCUACUGGAGCCUUCGCCAGAGCCUCCACCAUUGAUGUGAAGGGGUGCGUCAAAGUUCUCAAGGACCAGCCGGCCUCCAGCUCAGAAAACCUUCUCAACGCACUCAGAUACACCACAAAGCAUCUGAAUGACGACAGCACACCAAAGCACAUCAGAUCCUUACUGGCUCUAUAACAGUGCCCCGCUGCUGCCACCAACACCCCCUCCACCACCACCACUACUGCCACCUGGUGCAUUACCGCUCACAUGGCACCCCCAAGCAGGCACCCUCACUCCUCGCCCGGCUGGAUCCUCUGCUGCUCCUCUCGCCAGCCCCAGCCGAACCCCAGAGCAUAUCCCCGUGCUGUGUCCGCCUGUUUCCGCCUCCUCCAGUAUUCAGACAGUGCAGUGGUGUGAUGUGUCCCUUCCUCCACCAUACACUAUAAAUAUUAAGCCAAAGGGAGGGUUAUAUAGUAUUAUGAGUGUAGUUUUCCUCUCCCUGGCUAUUUACUUUCUGAUUAUGUAUAUUUUCAUCUCUCUCUCUCUCUCUCUCUCUCUCUCUCUCUCUCUCUCUCUCUCUCUCUCUCUCUCUCUCUCUCUCUCUCUCUCUCUCUCUCUCUCUCUCUCUUUUCUCAUCCUCUUUUUGAUGCCUUUGAUGCACAAGAGGCUUAAUGGUAUUGUUCUGUGAGCCUUCCUUCCUUUCUUCCUUCCUUCCUUCUCUUGGUGUUCACUGUGAAGAGGAGUAGGAAGAGGAGGAGGAGGAGGAGGAGGAGGAUGAAAGUGUUAAGAGAGCUAAGAGGUUUACUAACUAGACUUGUCUUCCUGCAUUUUUACUACUAUUUCUGUGACUACUACCAACACCACCACUACUACUACUACUACUACUACUACUACUACUACUACUACUACUACUACUACUACUACUACUACUACUACCACCUUAACCUUUCUACUUAAACAUUUUUUCACUUUCGAUAACCCUCCUGAACUUCUAUUACUUUUUACAUAGGGACUGAGGCUGACCCUGUAUUUCUCUCUCUCUCUCUCUCUCUCUCUCUCUCUCUCUCUCUCUCUCUCUCUCUCUCUCUCUCUCUCUCUCUCUCUCUCUCUCUCUCUCUCUCUCUCUCUCUCUCUCUCUCUCUCUCUCUCUCUCUCUCUCUCUCACCCUCCAAUGUGCAAACUGCCAGACAAAACAAAAAAAGGAGUAAAUUAGAGAAACGUCACACCAGGAUUGUAACGUUUCAUGAAGUCUGAUCUCAUGGAACCUCACAAGAUGCUUUAAUUUCUUAGCGUUCCUCUUCUUCCCACCCAGUUUUUUCACUUUUUUACAUGAAUAUUAUACCAAGUACAUAUAUACAUGUAAAUGCAGUAUAGAGAGUACAUGUGUUGUAAAAAAGAAAGCCAAACAAAAACAUUUAUACAACUGUUAUAGUGAGUGAGUUUGCAUACAUGAGGUAAAAAGGAAGUCAAUAGGUUGAUCAUGCAGGUGUUAAGUUCGACAGGCAUCAGUGGUUUGUGAUGCGAGUUUUGAGGGAAUGCAGUGAGGCUUGCAGGGCUAAGAGAGGGAGGAAAUGAUGCAAGGAGCAUAAUGCAAGGUGUAAUUGAGAAACAUCAUUAUGAGAGCAGAAAUGUCAUCGUACAGGGACAAACUAAUGUCAAACCCCCCAAAAAAAGCAUAAUCUGACAAAAUGUGUAAUAGAAAGACAUAUCCAAAAAAAAAAUCACAGUGCAAUGGUAGCAUAAUCCUUCAAAAUUUCUAAAACUCAUACACCAUAAGAACAGAGAUAUUAUACAGACAAAAUAAUCCUUCAAAAUUUCUAAAACUCAUACACCAUAAGGACAGAGAUAUUAUACAGACAAAAUAAUCCUUCAAAAUUUCUAAAACUCAUACACCAUAAGGACAGAGAUAUUAUACAGACAAUAGAGAACAGCUGGUGGGGAUGUGCCAGACAAACAAAAUUACAGAGAAUGAGGAACAGUAUGGAGUGGGAAAGCAUAACAUGAUUCAGUAUUUAUUGGAAAAAGAGACAAGAUACCAUAGAGAAUAAAAGGUUACUCAGAUUGCAGUAGUGAAGUUAAUAGAAAGCCAUCAAACUGUAGAAAUAAAAGAAAACCAUAUGCAAAGUACAAUACAAAACUUAAUCCAACAAAAUUUUUAACAUUACCAUAAAACAAAUCACUAAAUGAUGCAGAUCUUAAAUGGAGAACCAAAGAAGACGAAAGAAAACAGCAACAAAACAAGGCAAAAAUAGGGAGUGAAAUAAAACAAAACUUCAGAAAGAAACAGAAACGAAAUGAGACGAAACAAAAGUGCAAAGCGACGAAAAUGAAAGCAACGUCAAACGGGAAAAAAAAAAAAAAUGCAACCACGACGAUCUCUAUUAUGUACAAACAACACGAGCUUCGGGAGUCAGUGGCGGCGGCAGUAACGCACAUACAAACGAACCAUAGAUUUCAUUUCCCUUUGACACCGCACAUUGUUACUAUCAUUUGUGGUCUUUUUCCGUACCAGGCGUCUAUAAAUGAUAUGAGAAAGCCAAGUCGGUAAUGUUAUAUGUCGCAUGGAGACCUCCCCUCAUAGCCAAAUGGUAAUCCUUAGGUGUUGUAAGACCUGUGUUCCCUCAUUUAUUCAAGAUUUUCCCCAUAAUAAUCAGUAUUUGGUAUAUAUUCUUUCAUUUCCUCAUGUAAUUUUGCAUGCACACACAUCUGUACUGUAGAAAUGGGUUUUAUUUACGCGUGUGUGUGCUUGAGUGUGACUGUGAGUGUGUAUCUAUAUAGCAUGUGGUUAACUAUAUACAAACAUGCUGAAAGGAAAGACUAUAGUGUGUAAUAGUCAUUUAGUGCUCUCUUUUUAAUUCUCUUAUCUUUCGUCUUGCAGUUUCAAAUGUAGCGUCGUUUCUUCCAUUGAGAGAAAACGCACAAAAUGUUAGACAAGGAAGGAGGGAAAUACAGUGAGGUACAGUUACAGGGAAGUGCAGACAGGUACAACAGCAACUGAAUCUGCUGUCUGUAGCUUUGUAAAGGUCAUUUCUAGUCCAGCCAGGUAUUAGAGGGAGCUGCAGUGUCAGUCAGGCAGGCAGUCAGUUAGGUAAUCCAGUCAGUUGGUUAUUCAGUCAGUCUGUUAGCCAGUUAGUCAGUCGGAUGCUAAUUCAGGUAGUCAGUCAGUCAGUUAGUCAAUGAGUCAUCUUAUAACCAGGUAUCAGUAAGUCGGUCAGUCGGUCAGUUGGUCAGUCAGUCAGGAACGUGAUGUGGAAAUCAGACUUUUUUUCUCCCAUUUAGUGCAAAUCCACAUAAGUUUUUUUAUCUAUAAGGCAAGGAGAAAGGAAAUUAGAUGGACCAUGAAUGUGAUAUAGAAGGUUAAUACAAAUACAAAUAUAAAGAAAAUAGCCAUAUAAAAUGUUGAUGAUAAAGCAAAUCAUUAGUUUUUAGUCAUUUGCUACUUGUAAGGGGAAGAUGCAAGGUGCCUGGGAAUGUGAUGUAAGGUGGUGUUCUCUUGUCACUUGCUCUCCAUUUAUCUAUGCUUCUCUGGGCCACGGUAAUGCAGGUCACAGUAUAAACUAAAGGAGUGUGUGUGUGUGUCGUGUAAAAUGUUGAUGGUGACUGUUUUUGUCAUCAUUUGUAUUUAUUUCUAUGUUUAUUUUUGUCCCAGUAUCAAAUGUCACAGGUACAUUAAGUGAUUUUGUAUAUUUUUUUCUCAUUUGAAUAUGUUUUAUGUAAAGCACAACACAUGAAAAAAAUGCUCAAACAUGUAAAACUAUAUUCAUGUCUAAAAAAAGGGGAUGCUGCAUGUCUAUAAACCAAAGCCAAGUUUCAAGUCACAAUAGAUAUCGCAAUGUAACUAAUUCACUAAUCUAUUUGUGUACUGCCUGUUAUUCCGUUUCCUCUCGUCGGGAGCUAAGAAUCUGAGACGUCAAAAUACUUUUCUUCACGUCAUGAUAAUUGUUUUGUGUAUUCAUCAGGUAUCCAAAUCAAAGGUCACAAUAGGUACAUUUUUAACCCUCUGACUGCUAACGGCAAUACAACACCCAUUAAUAUUAAUACAAUUUCUCAUCUUGCUAUCUAUAAACCAGGCCGGCAAUCCCGCACAGGGGCACCCCAGACAGAGCACCACACACACUCUUAGCCCCGUCAGCCCCUGGUGGAAAGAGACAAUCUUGUGCACCAUCCGUAAUUAAAAACAGAGGUGGAGGCUUUGAGAAACUUGAACAAUCACUCCUUUUAAUUACCUUUGCUGUCACUGGUGUCUUUUGAACUUGCACCACAGCAUAUUGAAGCCUUAGCAGUCAAAGGGUGAGGACCAAACCACACAAGUAUUGCAAUGGGAAUGUCACCAGAGCAGUAUUAUGAUGUUUCUGCCACUUGAUGUAGAGGAAUGAUGCACGUGUGUGUGUGUGUGUGUGUGUGUGUGUGUGUGUGUGUGUGUGUGUGUGUGUGUGUGUGUGUGUGUGUGUGUGUGUGUUUGGGUGUGUGUGUGGGUGUGUGUGUGGGUGUGUUUAUACUCAUACAUAGGUAGAUGGAUGGAUUAAAUGUGUUCUGAGAGAUAUUAAUCCAGAAUUUAUCAAUAACCAUGACUUUUGAGUGCCUGUGUGUGUGUGUGUGUGUGUGUGUGUGUGUGUGUGUGUGUGUGUGUGUGUGUGUGUGUGUGUGUGUGUGUGUGUGUGUGUGUGU